UAUGAUCAAACAACGAGAAUGAUUGUUGACAACAAGGUCGCCAUCAAUAAUCAAAAUGAUACUGUUGUUUUUAACAACAAUGUUUGGCCAUCUGAAUUAUCAUCAAUUAUAAGCGGUGGUGGUGCAAGUAGUACAUCGAAAUCAAUUUUAUCGAAUAAUACAAAAAAAUUACAACAUAAUGAUCAUGAUGAACAACAUGCCGGUCUAAUUGCUCAACGUGAUUAUCGUUUUGAAUCAUACAAACCUACAUCAUCUUCAUCAUCAUCAUCAUCAGUCAUUAUUGGUGAUGAACCGACAGUUAUAAAUGAUAUCCGUAGAUCCUGCAAUAAAUCCUCAAAAAAUGUGACAAAAUCAACUAAUCAUCAACAGCUUCAUCGACCAAAAUCCGAACAUAAUCUUAUCAGUCAUCAUCAACAGCAUCUAAAUCAAAAAAAUCAACCACUUAAAAAACCAAACAAAUGGCCAACAACAAAUGAUUUGAUCGGCACAACAGAUGAAUUGCUAAAAAAUCGCUUGUUUGCGAAACAGGCAUCUUUAACUAAUCAGCCAUAUAAUGAUGUAAUCGACACAAAUGGUCAAUCAACAUUCACAAAUGAUCAUAAUGAAGAACCAACUGGCUUACAAACAUUUUUUGGUGAUUCAAUGCGUACCAAAAAGAAUCAUUAUCAACAAAAACAACAAAAUCAAAAAAUUUCUCCAACAGAACAAACAAUCAUAUCGAAUUCAAUAUUUUUAGGUAAUGAAGAUGAUUUCUCAUUGUCUUCAAGAAACAGUCGUUCGAGUAAAGAUUCAUUAACGGGACCUAAUCAAAAGACAAAUGUUAAUCACAACAAUAAAAGGAAAAGUAAGAAAACAAACUUAGACAAGUUGAUUAUUCAAACACAAAUGACAACAGAAUCACCUCAGGAAAAUGAUAGGCUAUCAUCCUCAAGAUUAUAUGAAAAAGAUUCGGAUAAUAACAAUCGUUCAUUGAAACUUUAUUUACCAACCGAACAAAACAGUAAUAGUAAUAAUAAUGGUGCCAAUUUAGGAGUAAAAGGAUUCAAUAAAAGUUCACGCGUUGAAACAUGGUCAACAAUGAUUGCAGCAACAGCAUCAGAUGUUUCUGCAUGCAAUCUAUGUCAAAUGGAGUUGGAAAAUUGUGAUAAAUGUUGCAGCUUUUGUCAAGCAAUUGAACAACAUAAACGAAAAUUUCGUAUCGAAUGUCAGUGCGAAAAAGAUGACAUUGGUUGUGAGAAUAAUAUAAAUGAUGAUAUCAUUCUUGAUGAUAUGACCAUGGAAAACUUUCAUACAAAUUUUAAUCAUAAUGAUAAUAAUUGCUCAACUACAAUCGCGAAUAACAAUAGGGAACGUUUACUCAGACAGCCAACAGAAUCAAUUAAUAACAAUCAACGGUUACCAUCUCAAUGCCGUCCACCGGAUCCUACAUUUUUUAGCCGUAUACGACGUCUUAGUUGGCAAUCAUUGUUUGGAAGUUCACGUAAAAAAGCUAACGGAUCUCGUCUAUGGAAUCGAUUACGUACGGGUAGUCAAAGAUUAAGAGGAAGUCGGCGAUAUUUUCAGAAUAAAAGUAGAAUUUUUCUUCCACAAACACCAAAUUUAAGCAACAAUACCGAUUCUUCCAACGAUCAUCGACAAAAAUCAAGGGAAAAUUGUCCGAAGAAUUAUGCUAAUCGUUUUUUCUAUGAUGAACAUUAUUUAAAGCCACCAAUCGACCAACAACAUAGACUUAAACAAAUAAAUAAUUAUCAUAACCAUCAUGAGAACAAUCAUAAGACCGUAAAGAAAGAUGACAACAACAGCAAUGUAGAAAAUUCAAUUCGAACCGAUGAGAAAAUCACCGAAACGAAUGAUAAUGAUAAUAAAAGAAAUAUGUUAAUGUUUCACGCUGUUGAAAACAUGAAAAUUAACAAUAAUAGUAAAACAAAAUCCGUGAUCAAACAUCAACAACAACAGCAACGUAAUAAGCUAAAUAAAACAAUAGAUAGAAACCAUUCAUCGGCUUUUGUUGUUAUCGAUAAUGAUGAUGAUGAAAAUAUUAAACUACAUCCAUCGAGACAUUCAGAAUUACAAAUGAAAUCUAUGGUUAAUUUCAAUAAAAAAAUUCAACAACAGCAAAAACAACUGUUACAUGAUUCAGCCGAUUUCAUCAGCCCAUUUUUUAUUAGCCAUCCUGGAAAACAAUCGAAAAUCGAUACCAAUAAUCCCAAUCAUCAUCUCGAAGCAAAAAUGGCCGGACUUGGUCUCAACGGCAUCAGCAUAUCAUCGGAUUCCGGAAUGGAAGAAUACGAUUGUCAUUCGAGUGCUGAACAUAGUCCUUCUGGAAAUUAUUAUCGACAUCAAAAUUCAUGGCUGCAAUCAAGUAAUGAUGCGAUAAUGCAAAAAUCUGAUAUUUUAAGGAUUUCUAACAAAAAUUUACAUCCUUUUAAUUGCAUCGAUGAGAUGAACAAUCAUUCCACUUUAAUGGAAAAUUCAAAAACAAGUUCAUUAAUAAUGCCAUAUACACGAGAUUUUCGACGUAAAGCUGGUCAUUGGUCUAAUACGAAUCUCGAAAGUCAAUUGGAUUUUAUUCCUUGAUGUUUCUAUUGAUUGAUUCAUUGAAAAAAAAUAUUUUUAUAUAAAGAAUCAUUCUCUAAAACUAUGAUAAAAAGUU